AUGGCGACGAGAAUGAAGCACUCUCCUGGAACUGCAAGAUCAGCACUUCUGGCUGCUAAACCGGAAGUAAAUGCCAACUUUCCCAACAUAUUGGCUACAGCAUUGCACCCUCUGUUGGAUCAGAUGACCAACCUCAAUAACAACUUUGAAGCACUUCAAAAAGAAUUGAAAGAGACCAAUAUGAAAACAGAGGAGACAGCAAAAUCUGAGAAAAAGUUUGAAGCCAAGACAAAAGCAAUUAAGCAAAUACUGGAGCUCCAUCAUUUUCUGAAGGGCAUUUCUUUUAACAACAGUGCUGGAGAAAUGGUGCAUUUGAAUGAAAAUGGAGAAUUAGUGGAAGGAUUUGAUAUUAUCAACUGGGUAACUUUCCCCAAUGAUUCUUUUGCUAGAAUAAAAGUGGGAAAACUGAACCCUCCGACUCCUCAAGGCCAAGAACUAACCAUUAACAAUGAUCUAAUUGUGUGGCACAGAAGUUUUAAUCAAGUACUGCCACGUUCGGUUUGCAAUGACAACUGCCAUCCUGGCUACAGCAUGAAAAAGAAGGAAGGUGAAACAUUCUGUUGCUAUGACUGUGCUCCAUGUCCAGAAGGAAUGUUCUCUGAGCAGAAUGACAUGGAUGCCUGUGUCAAAUGUCCAGAAGAUCGCUACCCGAACAAAGACCAAGCUCAAUGCAUACUGAAAGUUAUUACCUAUCUCUCUUACAAAGAACCAUUAGGAAUCAUCUUAGCUAUACUGGCUAUUGGUUUCUCUCUGAUCACAGUUUUUGUGCUUGGAACAUUCAUGAAGUACCGGGAAACUGCUAUAGUCAAAGCCAACAAUAGGAGUCUCACCUACAUUCUCCUUAUUUCUCUCCUUCUUUGCUUCCUGUGCUCCUUGCUAUUCAUUGGACAGCCUGUGAAGGUAACCUGCCUUCUCCGCCAGCCAACAUUUGGGAUCAUAUUCUCUCUAGCCCUUUCCAGUGUGUUGGCGAAAACUAUCACUGUGGUUUUGGCAUUCAUGGCUAUCAAACCAGCAUCUAAAAUUAGGAAAUGGUUGGGACAAAGACUGGCAUAUUUAAUAGUACUUUCUUGCUCCUUUAUUCAGAUUGGUAUUUGUACUCUUUGGCUAAGUACUUCUGCUCCAUUCCCAGAUAGAGAUAUGCACUCUCUGAAUGGAAAAAUCAUACUGGAAUGUAAUGAGGGCUCAGCUACCAUGUUCUAUUGUGUCUUGAUUUAUAUGGGCUUCAUGGCCUUUGUCAGUUUCACUGUGGCUUUCUUGGCCAGGAAGUUACCCGACAUUUUCAAUGAAGCCAGAUUUAUCACAUUCAGCAUGCUGGUCUUUUGCAGUGUUUGGCUGACCUUUAUUCCAACUUACUUGAGCACCAGGGGAAAAUACACAGUAGCUGUGGAGAUCUUUUCCAUUUUAUCAUCUAGUGCUGGCUUACUAGGGUGUAUUUUUUCCCCUAAGUGCUACAUCAUUAUUCUGAGGCCUGACCUGAACAACAGAGAGCAGUUCAUAAACAGAAAAAAAUUAAAAUAA